CGACUUCGAGACGUGCUCAAUACGCAGAGAAACGAAGGGGAGGAUCUGUGAAUUGUGGUUGACGAAACAAAACAGAGCGAAUGAAAAAGGAGAUCAAAAUCUUGGAAGACCCUUCAAUCCUGUAGAGACUUGGCUCGGGUCUGAUGGCUUGCAUCCUUUCGUGAAGGUGUGCCUAACCUGUGUUUUGUGAAGUUUUCGUGUAUUUCCUAUUACCAUCAUCCUGCAAACUUCAAGAUUAUAUACGAUGUCGAAUAAAAUACUGCCCCAAAUAAACCGACAAACUGAUGAAUAAAUAUAUUUCGCUUAAAUCAUAUAUUCGAUCAAAGAAUAUCGCUGACUCGUGAGUAUUCGCAUACACGAACUAAUAACGAAUUCGAUUACCAGCCGUAAGUAAUAAUCAAAUCGAGUCAUAUAAAUCGCUAGACUACAUUGGUACUUACCCGUUGGGGAUAUAUACAAGAAAGGACCAAGAAGAAAAAGGUUAGGUACGAUGUUAUGCCGUGACAACAUUAACUACCUCCACCAGAUUGUCUUAUGCAACUACAAAUCAGUGCCGGAAUAGAAAAAAGACAAACGACAUACCGGAAGUAUAGGGAAGAUGUUAGCAGAGUGCUCGUGUGGAUUCUAAUAAAUACGCACACCUACGCGCAUCAUACGCAUGUAUGCAGUGCGAUAAGUGCGGAGCUGAAAACCUUAGGGUCACAAUGAUUCUACAUGGGAAAUCGUCGCACAGCUGUAACUGCCCCUGUCAUCAGCACUGUAGUACCAGGUCUUCAGACGAUGUCGAGAGUAUGACCGGUGAGAUUGAGAACGGAGACUUAGCAGUACAAGACGUCGCAGAUCUUCUCCAACCGCAGUACGCUAUCAUUACAGGUGGAAAAACAAGAGAAGGAUGUCCGAUAAUCACAUUCCCAGAUAACGGAAAUUUUCUAAAUUUGAGUGACUUGGAUUAUCAGCGGCUCAUGCUAUAUCUCACCUCAGUUCCGACAUUACAAGAGGCUGAUCUAGGAUUUCAUCUGAUAAUUGAUCGCAGGAAUGAUAAAUGGAACUCUGUGAAGAACGUGCUGCUCAAGAUAUCCGCAUUCUUUCCCGGUUUGGUACACGUAGCGUACGUUCUUCGUCCAGCCGGUUUUCUUCAAAAAGCCAUCUCUGAAGUCUCGAACAAAUUGUUUCGCGAAGAGUUCAAAUUCAGGGUCAUAGUUUUGGCCAACGUUCUCGAGUUGACCGAUUUCGUUGAAAAAGAUCAACUCACCGAGCAACUGGGAGGUGAUUUGCCCUACUGUCAUCACACCUGGAUACAAAAUAGAAUUAGUCUGGAGAAAUUCUCCUCAAUAACACAGGAGGUAUCUCUCGCUCUGGAUUCCUUCACUCGACGUUUAGCCGAAGUUGAGUUUCCAAAUAACACUAUUGCGACCACGACAUUGCUGAAUCAACAGCAGACAGAAUACAACGAACUCAAGGAAGAAAUACUCAGCGCAGCCAAACACGGUGAAACCCUGUUGGAUAGCGUUCGACAAUUGACUGGUAAAAGCACUGCUGACCGGUUGGGAAACGUUUCUGCUGUAGAAAGGUUACUGGUACAGUUAGAGGAAACGGAAAGAACAUUUGAUCUGUUUUGGUCCCACCACAGCUCCCGGCUGAGGCAUUGCCUAGCCUUGCGUCAAUUCGAACAGGAUUUCAGGGAGCUUCAAGCGAACUUGGAUCAGCACAUGAAAACAGUCGGAGACAUGACGGAGGUUGGCGAGACCCAGUCGAGAGUAAACCAACUACUGCGCGAUACGUCCACUUUUCAGAGGAUAUGCAGAUCCUAUUUGUUGCAUACCAUGUGGAUUUGGGUCUUGGGAGACAUAGAUCGCGCCGAAGAAGUAAUAUCAGCAGGUCAACAACUUCUUUCCGGUCGGCACCAAUGCCCUGCCGAAGUGGUCGAGCCAAAAUGUGCAGAGCUUCAAAGGAUUUGUACAAUUCUUAGUCAAAGACUGGAAAGGAGGUUGCACACUUUGACAAAAUGCAGGGAACUUAUGGAGAGGAUAGACAAGGCAAAUACAUGGUGCACUCGUGGCAUAGAAUUAUUGGCGUCUCAAACCAACGCAACAACUGCACCCGAAGAGGCUCUACAAAAUCUACAGCAGCUUAUCGAUUCAGCAGCAGAAUUUCAACAUCCCCGAUGCAUAUUUCAGGAUUCUAUAACCCCGGAAACCAAAGCACUUGUAACACAGGUAUUGCAAAGAAUAGACGACGUUCAGUUGAUGUGCGAUAAAAGGAUUGUCGCGCUGAAACAACAGCUCGUAAAACCGACCAGACCUAUUCAAACUGUGACGCCUGAGCCAGCUAGACCAAUUCAGCCUCCUCCUCAAAUGGUGAAGCCGAGCAGGGUUCUGAAAAAAGCGAACACCAUGCCGAAAAUGGAAAUGAGCCCGAUCGAAGGAGAAGCUGUGUCACCGGACGGGGAACCCCGUGACUUUGAAGCUCUGCGAUUGAAACGAGGCCACGUUUUGGCCGAGCUAAUCGAGACGGAACGCAUUUACGUGGCGGAACUUGGCUCGAUAAUUAAAGGAUACAAGAUAGAAAUGACAAAUGAAUUAAUGGAGCAUCUGGUCCCCGCCGCUCUGGUUGGAAAAGCUGAUGUGUUGUUCGGAAAUUUGGAAGACAUUUACCUUUUUCACGGAGAAACUUUCCUCAAGGAUCUCGAAAACUGUAUUUCGAACACAGAACUCGUCGCACUUUGUUUUGUGCAGAGGCGUGAGAUAUUCUUCAGACUCUACAGCUACUAUUGCCAAAAUAUUCCCCGAUCGGAGAGGCUAAGAGAACAAAUUCAAAGCGAGCCACAAUUUUUGGCCGCCUGUCAACAGAGACUUGGUCACAAGCUACCCUUGGCUGCGUACUUGCUCAAGCCUGUUCAGCGCAUUACCAAAUAUCAACUGCUUUUGAAGGAUUUGCUGAAGUACACAGAGGAUCAAUCCUGCUCCACCCAACUUCAAGAAGCUCUGGAUUGUAUGCUCGUUGUUCUAAAAUGCGUCAAUGAUAGCAUGCACCAAAUAGCAAUCACCGGGUUUGGAGGAGAUUUGGGCGUGCAGGGUGAACUUUUGAUGCAAGGUUCGUUCAGCGUGUGGAGUAGCAGCAAAAGAGAACGACUCCUCCGAUUAAAACCUUCUCAAAGGCACAUUUUUCUGUACGAAAAAGCUUUCAUAUUUUGCAAACACAGUAAACCUCAGGCCCACAAUAAGGCAACAUAUCACUUCAAAAGAUAUCUCAAGAUGUCACAGAUCGGUCUGACAGAAUCGGUGAAAGGCGAUGCGAGAAGGUUUGAAAUCUGGCUACAAGGCCGUGCCGAAGUGCACACCAUUCAAGCCCCAAGUAUCGAUGUCAAACAAGCUUGGGUGAGACAGAUAAAAGGCGUCCUGAUGUCACAACUCGCAGAAUUGAAGGGGAAGCAGAAUACAGCACUUGGCAAAUCCAAUCACAAACCUUUGCGUCAAACUAUAUCAUGGGAAGCUCAAAGCAGCGUGUCUGGAUCAUUGCGUACAUUGUCAGUCGACGGCAACAGCGUGAUUACACAUCCGAUGGAUUUGCCCCAAAACACAGAUGACGAUGUCGGUUGGAGUUCAGAAAACAGUAACACGGAUGACGAAGACACUUUUAGUGAAAAUCCUGGGCUUACUCCGGGAGGUAGAUACAUAGCUCUAGCCGAUUACUGCGCGGUUGGUGAAUCAGAGGUGACGAUGCAUGAAGGGGAUAGUUUGGAACUGCUUAAGGUCGGUUGCGCAGGAUGGUGGUUUGUCAAGCUAAUCAGCACUGGCUUAGAAGGCUGGGCGCCAGCAGCCUACUUAGAGCCAAUUAGCAGGAAAACAUCACGCAGCUGUCAGUCGGUGAAUAGUCAAGAAACUAUGUGAAAUAGGCGACUAACACGCUAGAUUGAACCUAGUGUGUUAGAAAUUUUCACUCGCACGUAUUAAGCGUGCUUUUUGAAAUGCCGGCAGCGCCACGUUGCCAAAAACGGGAAUUUUAAAAUCAUGAGUCAAGAUUUGAAAAAUCUCAUGCCAAGUUAUGAAGCAUUGAAAGUUCGUCUAACAAGAACAGCGUCGAAAAUUAUGCAUCAACACUUGAAAGAAAAAAGUGGUAGAGUUUUGGGCAUUUAUAUCUCGACAAGCAACGGUUCAAUUGGAUUGGGGUUUGAUUUAUUCAAAAGUUAUUAGACCAAGCUUCGCUUAGAAAUUUUUCCGAGUAAAAUCAAUAAACAGGCAACAUUGAUAUUGACUAUGACCUCAACCCUUUCGCCAACCUAGAUAUGUUUGGCAAUGCCCACGAUAUCUCGAAAAUCGCUGAACCAAUUUACUUCUUUAAAGACAGUAUUCUUGGAUGGCUUAUCCUUUUUUUUACGGCCCAUUUGUUUUUAUCAUCACAUUUUUUCUAUUAAUCGAGUAAAAAAAUCGUAAAUUUUGGACUGAAAAUCGAAUUUCAACAUCCAACUAUCACCAUUUUGGCAAUAAAAAAGAACGUAAUGUGGGCAUUAAAAAGGGUUAGCUAUUUCAACGUACCGUUCCGUAAUUCCAAGUAAAUCGUUUGAGUCGCUCUUGAGAUACCUUGGAUAUCAGAAAAUAUGUCGGUAAGUGGAAUGGUUAACGUUAUUGUCAAUAACAAUACUUCCUAUUAAUAGAUUGCAGAAACAAAAAAAAAAAAAAAAUGGGAAACCAAACUCAAUUUGCAUACUUUUGAACAAAAAAAAAAUCAAUGGCAUUGAAUUAUUGCUCAUUAAGAAAUAAAUUCUCAGAAUUCACUCACUUUUCAGCCAACUACUCGUAUAAUAUACCCCCUUAAUAAAGUACAUAUAUGGAAGAUAAAAUAAUGACCGAAUUGUGAUUCUGAAUACUACAGCUUACUAAAUUCGCGAGUCACAGAUCAACGAUUUUUUGGACUCGAUCGCGUAUUUCUCACUUACUGAAAACAACCUUAUAGCUUAGCCUUAAAUGUUCGUAAUUCAUUAACUGAGGCUUGAAAAGUUGAUAUUUAACCUUAGUCACUGGCUUGGAGUCCAGUUAACCCCAGAACCGACUUUUACGUACAAUUUUAAAGUCAGCGUGCUUGAAUCGGGGUUGCUUGCGCAAGUAAAAUGAAGAACGGUUGAAAAAAAUUUUGGGUCUCAAAGACCCCACGCAUGUGUUGCAUAUUUUUUUACUUUUUUGCUUUCAAAAUUUCUCCCACAUCCUUUAUCGUUUUUUGCUGAAACUAAGAUUGGACUCUAUUUCUGAAUUGUUACUCUCAGAAUUUUGUUCAAGUCGUAACGUAAUGUUGCGUACAGUAAUAACAUUCCAUAGUUGACUGGGAUUUGUGUAACCCCCCGUGUAACUAGUGUGGAAGUUUCCAUAGAUGUAAAUGACUAGGGUUAAUAAUAUAUCGCGCAGAUAUAUUUUAUUGACAAAAAAAGGGAAAUUAGGUAUCAAUUUAUUGUUUCGAAAAGUCAGUUUCUCAGCUGUUCAAAAUUACU